AUGGAUUUGAAACUAGUGGAGGAAGCUAAACAAGAGUUACAGGAAGUUGUGGAAUUCUUGAAAAAUCCACAAAAAUUUACUGUGCUUGGAGGCAAACUUCCAAGAGGAAUUCUUUUAGUUGGACCACCAGGAACAGGAAAGACACUUCUUUCCCAGGCUGAGGCUGGAGAAGCUGAUGUUCCUUUUUAUUAUGCCUCUGGAUCAGAAUUUGAUGAGAUGUUUGUGGGUGUGGGAGCCAGCCGCAUAAGAAAUCUUUUUAGGGAAGCAAAAGCAAAUGCUCCUUGUGUUAUAUUUAUUGAUGAAUUAGAUUCUGUUGGUGGAAAGCGAAUUGAAUCUCCAAUGCAUCCAUAUUCAAGGCAGACUAUAAAUCAACUUCUUGCUGAAAUGGAUGGUUUUAAACCCAAUGAAGGAGUUAACACAAACUUCCCAGAGGCAUUAGAUACCACCUUAAUUUGUCCUGGUUGUUUUGAGAUGCAGGUAACAGUUCCAAGGCCAGAUGUAAGAGGUCAAACAGAAAUUUUGAAAUGGUAUCUCAAUAAAAUAAAGUUUGAUCAGUGUAAGUUUAAUUCCAUGAUACAAACAUUGUCUGUUGAACCAGAAAUCAUAGCUCGAGGUACUGUUGGCUUUUCUGGAGCAGAGUUGGAAAAUCUUGUGAACCAAGCUGCUUUAAAGGCAGCUGUUGAUGGAAAAGAAAUGGUUACCAUGAAAGAACUAGAGUUCUCCAAAGACAAAAUUCUAAUGGGUGCUUCCAGUGAUUUUGAUAAUGCAACUAAAAUAGCAAAGUGGAUGGUUACUAAAUUUGGAAUGAGUGAAAAGCUUGGAGUUAUGACAUACAGUGAUACAGGGAAACUGAGUCCAGAAACGCAAUCAGCUAUUGAGCAAGAAAUCAGAAUCCUUCUGAAGGACUCAUAUGAACGAGCAAAACAUAUCUUGAAGACUCACGCAAAAGAGCAUAAGAAUCUAGCAGAAGCUUUAUUGACUUAUGAGACUUUGGAUGCCAAAGAAAUUCAAAUUGUUCUUGAGGGGAAAAAAUUGGAAUUGAGAUGAUAACUCUCUUCAAAUGGUUACGUUGCUGA